UGACCUGAGGAGGGAGAGACGGGACAACAACCUCUGAGAGAAAGCAAGGACUGCUGCAGAGAGGGACAGAAACUGAGGGGAGAGCCAGACAUUUUUCUGCCAAAGGAGAAACACUGGACUCCAGAUACAAAGAUGACCAAAGCCUCUGUGCUGGCCUUGCUGCUCCUUUGGGCCUAUCCACUGGACCUCUACCGAGCCCCCUAUGAUGACAGGAAAGAUCCAGACCCGAGCUGGGACAGAGUGCACCCAAAGGACCACCAUCAAGGUGCCAGGCGCAGGGAGGUGAGGGAGUGCAGACGCUGCUGUGACCCAGGAGAGGAGCCGGCCCAGUACUCCAGUCAGCAGUACCCCCAGUACCAUAUCGUACCUCAGAUCAACAUCACUCUGCUCAAAGGUGAGAAAGGAGAUACCGGAGAACGAGGGCCUUAUGGUAAAUCAGGCAGAUCUGGUCAGACGGGCCCUCCAGGUCCUGGUGGCAUAAAGGGCAGCAAAGGCAGCAUGGGCCUCCCCGGUGAACCCUGCAAGUCUUACUUUUCAGCCUUCUCCGUCGUUCGCAAGAAGGGUCUCCAAUCCAAUGACUACUACCAGACUCUGGUUUUUGACACGGAGCUCGUAAACCUCUACGGCCACUUCAACAUGUUUACCGGUAAGUUCUACUGCUACGUGCCCGGCAUCUACUACUUCAGCCUGAACGUGCAUACGUGGAACCAGAAGGAGACGUACCUGCACGUGAUGCACAACGAGCGUGAGGUAGUGAUCCUCUACGCCCAGCCCAGUGAUCGCUCCAUCAUGCAGAGUCAGAGUCUGAUGCUGGAGCUGGAGAGUAGCGAUCAGGUCUGGGUCAGACUCUUUAAAGGGGAGCGGGAGAAUGCCAUCUUCAGUGAUGAGUUUGACUCUUACAUCACCUUUAAUGGACACCUGAUUAAGCCUAAGAGUGAACUGUAGGUAGGAGAUGGGACAUGUUUGAGAUUAUUAUGAAUAGAGGCGGCCGUGAACUACCUUAAUGUGUAAUUUUUAUGUCAAGAACAGAAAAAGAGCUUAUUGUUUAAAUUGCCUGAGUCAAGCCAGACAGGACUAGAAAAUUCCUUUUGUUGCAUUUAUGUGUAAUUUAACAGAAUUUGUGGUAUUUUUUAAAAUUAAGUCAAGAUGUAUUCAGUGUAUUGCCUUCACUUAAACUCCUUAUUGUGUAUUUUUUGUUUUUAAAGGAUAAAUUCAAAGUCAAAUGCUAUGCAAAGAAGCACAGAGGGAGUGAGAUCCUCUCUUGUAUCGUGUUUCUCGUAAAACCUUGUGGCACAACCAUUGCUAGCUUACUUAUGCAAUUAUUUCCUUUAUAUCUUAGCAUUUUAUUUUUUAUAUUUUCUAUAUUCAAGUACCCCUCCAUCUCUGCCAGUCCUGUCUUUCAUAUGGUGCUAACUGCACAGGACAGGAAUUCAGCAGCAACCAUUUUCCUGUAAUGUCACACUCAGGGAGGCAAAUUCAAAAGUUCUUACCAUGUCAGACUGUAUCAAGAUGUCAGUAAAGCCUGGCACAUGCUAACAGAUUUUUUUCUAAAUAAACUCACCACGUGUCCGCCGUUUUUUUGGUCUGCACUGGUGGCGUGACGUCACCUCAACAGCCCUCCUCGGCCCAUAGGACAUGACGGACUGGCUGUGUGUUUUGCUGCUUGCAGCAGCUGCUGCCCCUCUCCGCUCUGGCACGUCCUGCCACAGCUUUCAAACCAGGCACAAAUGUAAUGUGUGUUGGCCACAGCUCCCUGCUGUCUAAGCCCUGUCAUCCUUCAGAAAUUUUACCUCAAUAAACCUCCAAACCUCCACGUCCUCCUCCUGUCAGUCUCCAAGCCCCCCGAGAUAAUCUCCAUCAGGAAAGAUGUAAACUCCUUAGGGAUGCUGUCAGCUCUGGUGUAAGUGUAGGGCUUUGUUUUGCUGCUUGUGAUGGAGCGCCGGGCCGCUGCAUUCGUACGCGCGGCCCCAUGCCACCUCAAUAGGUAGCAUUCAGUAGUCUCCUGAUAAUCAAGUGCAUGUACUUAUUACCAGAUUUUAUCCAGCAGGGUGAAAGAAACCAUUUUACUGUUGUUUAAGUAAAGUCAACUCAAAGUGAACAAGUAACAUCUGAGGUGCGGGCUGUCAGUGUGCUUGUUUACUCCUCUGUCCAGUAGGUGGCAGUAACCAGGUUAAAGCAACACUCAAAAAGGCAGAAAAAGAAGAAGACGACAGAUAGUCUGAGCAUGUGCUAGCACAUUUCAACUUUUGUGCAGCUCUAUUGAUGUUUCUGAAUCUAUAAGGUAAGGCAUACUGAACAUUCAUGAUCCACUGAAAAAGCACAGCAACCCACUUCCAGGUCUACUGAAAAACUGACCAUUAAGAAGAUAAAAAGACUUCUCUAGAAAGAAAAUCUGUCAACAUUCAAUGAUCACCAGAUGUUUCUUAUUUUGUUUUAUUCCACAUUUACCUCUCAGGGUUUAGAUCCUAUUAACGUUCCUGAAAGAAACAUUUAUGCUCUUUGUCCUGUUAAUGGAGUUUCUGACUUAAACCGCCCCUAACCAUCCUUAAACCUCAGAGAAAACUCUGAAGCACAAUGCCUUUUUCUGUUUAAGUUAUUCUUUCAUUGUUAAAACCGAUCUACAGUAACCAUCAUGCAUUUCUACUACUGACUGCUCAUCCUCAGGUUCAUGAUAAUAAUAAACAUAUUUUACUGGUGACGCACUUUUCAUCUACAAAUCUCAAAGAAAACAUACUAGAAGAAAUAAAGUUAAAAGAGUAGCAACCAGAGAUAAAUGCAAGAAGUCAAUGCAAGACCAUGAGUGUUAAAAACAGUUACAAAGCAGCAGCACUGGACUCAGAAAUGCUUAUUGAAAAAUAAAUGCGUUUAGUCUGGCGCCCUCAGGUGGUCAGAAGUGGUGUUUCACAGCUUUGGAGCAGCAGACUGGAAGGCCUGAUCCCUCAAAGCGUGGAGUUUUUUUGUUGGGGGGAUGGUGAUGGUUUGUGUUUAUGUAUCAGAGGUUUCUUGUUGUAUUGUAUGGGAAGAGCAGGACCUGGAGAUGAGGAGGGCUUUGCCAUGAAUGCUUUGAUAGAUCAACAGGGAGAUUUAAUCAAACUGGAAGUGCACAAAAAGCCAGGGGAGGAGGAGGUUAAGGCAUGGGUUUGGUCUAGGAGACUACCAAAACAAUCAUAUGACACACUUGGGGAUUAUUCAGACAGAUAACUGGCCUCCAUUAUCGUCGGAGGAGGCACAUCUGGCCUCAAAUUGCGCUUAAAAUCGCAUCUUGUGUGAGCAGCUUUAGUCAAGGGCAGAGUCGGUGAUCCUCCUGAAGUGGUUGAAAGAAAUCUUGCACAGGUGUUUAGAAGAUUGAGGGUCAGUUUCACUUUCAGUUUUGAAAGUGAAGAGACAAUGAAAUGGUCUAGUUAGGGUAAGAAAUGCUGUUUAUGUUGGAUAACUGGAUCAUGAAUGACUCAUCAACUCUAAACUUGAAGGGUUUUGUUUUUCAUCCCUCCUUCUUCUCCAAGCAGGAAUGUAUGUAGAGGAAGAUGUCCUGACUGUAGACGGGGACGGCUCAGUUCUUAGGUAGAGUUGGUAUAUUAGUAUAGUUGUAACUCAUCAGCAUAGCAGUGGAGUUCUCUAGCUCACCUCAACCACUCUGCCCUCCUUCUACCCCUUCAGAGAUUUUUACAGCAUGUGACAUGUUUUCCACUACACCACUGUAACCUAAUAUAUUCAGAAAAAAAGAUGCUCUGACAUUAUCAUUCCUCUCAAACCAUGCUUUUCCUGUUAGAAUAUAAUGUUACCUCCAAACUCUGUAAUAAAUGAUUCCUCCA